AUGAAUGAUAACAACAAAAAAUCAAAUUUUAUUAUUUCUAAUGAUAAUGAGAAUUUUCAUAAAGAGAAACAUAAAAAUGAAAGUGAAUCUAAUUUCGUAUUUGAAAAAAACAAACAAAAAAGGAACAUUUACAAUGAUUUUGAAAAAAAUAAAUGCUCAAACUAUUCGAAUUUUAAAAAUUAUUUAAAUAGAAAUAUUACAACCAAUGAUAGUACACUUAAUAAAAGAUCAAAUAUAAGUGUAGAUAAUAAUCAAAAUAAACAUAAAAAAUACGUACAUGAUAAAAUAAUCAAGAAAAAUACUAGAAAUAAAAAUUUAAAAAAUAGUUUCGUAAACACAAAUUUAUAUAAUUAUAAUAAUUUAAUAAAAAAUUCCAAAAAAAUAAAUCAUAAUCCAUAUUCUGAAGAACAAAAAAAUAAAAAAAAGAAAAGAAAAGGAAAUAAUAACAAUAAUAACAAUAUAACUACUAAUAACAAUAUUAAUAAUAACAAUAAUAAUAAAGAUAUUAAUUACAAUAAUAAUAAUAAUAAUAUUAACAUUAAUAAUAAUAACAAAGAUAGUAAUUGUAAUAAUAAUAAUAUCAAUAUUAAUAAUAAUAAUAAAGAUAGUAAUUAUAAUAAUAAUAAUAAUAUUAAUAAUUUUAAUAAUGCUAACAUGAAUAGCGAAAAAUAUAUAAAUUCUAAUUAUUUUAAUAGUUAUAAUAAAAAGGAUGAUUAUAAUAAUAAAGGAAAUAGAAAUAAUAACAUUAUUAGAAAAAAUGAUACAAAAAAUAUCAACAAAAAUAAGAAAAAUAAAAAGAAUAACCUAGAAAAUAAUAUAAAUGAAUCAUGUUUUAAUGAAUCUAAUUCAAUAAAAGAUAGUGAACAUUUUUGUAAUAUAAGCAAAAAAAUGAAUAAUCCAAAAAAAAAAUUUUUUAAUAGCGAAGAUAAUAAUUAUAACAAAUCAAACCAAAAUAAUAAAAAUAAUGAAUAUACAUUUAGUAACAACUUAACUUAUAAAAAAAAAUUUAAUAAAAUAACACUUUCAAAUAAUAGUAAUCUUGACAAUUCUACUAGCGUAAAAAAUAAUGGAUUUCCUCAUUUAAUGUAUGUGCAUAAUUCUAAAAAUAAUGAAGAAGAAAUGACAGAAACAAAAAACAAAAAUAAGGAAUACGAAGAUUAUGAAAUAAAAAAUACUCAUAUCAAUAAAAAGGUUUUCAAUAAUUACGAAAACAAGCAAAAUAAUAUGAGUAAUUUGCAUAAUUAUAAUUUCAUAAUGUCAAAUAGCAAUGAUAAUGAUAAUAAUAGUAAUAAUUAUAAUUACGCAUAUAUCAAUGAUAAAAAUUAUUUAAAUGAAACUAAUAAUUAUUAUUGUAAUAAUAAUAAAGAUAUAGAAACUUUAGGUAAUAAUAAUCUUAAUAAUAAUUGUAAUAUGAACACUAACAAGAAGAAUUUGUCUAAUAGAAAUAUAAAAAAAGUAUUUUAUGAAAAUAAUAUAAAAAGUAGCAAGGUUUAUAAUGAUGAUAUAGAGUUUAAUAAUAGCAGUAGUAUUAGUAGUAGCAAUAGUAAUAUAAGUAAUAAUGUGAGUAAUAUAAAUUAUACUAGCAUUAAUAAUGAUAGUAAUAACAGCAAUAAUUUCGAAAUGAAUUCAGACAAAUAUGUUCCCAGAGAAAAUAACUCAUAUUCAUUUAAAGAUGAUACAUUGUAUUCUGAAAAUAACAAUUCAAAUAUCGUAAAAAUGUUAUCUAAAUAUUUAAAUAAUUUAAACGAAAAAGGUGUAAGUAAUUUAAAUAUAAUGUGUAAUGAAUUACUUGAAAAUAAAAAUAAUGAAGCAUUAAAAAAAAUUAUUAAUACUAUUAAAGAUUCUGAAGAUUCAUUUAAAAUAAAUUAUCCUUCUAAUGAAUAUUCUAAGGAAAAUCGAAAAGAAAAUAACUUAAGUAAAAAUUAUUUUAAUCAAAAUUUUAAUAUUAAUAAUACUCAAUAUGUAGAGGAUAAUAACACGUACAUUGUUAGUAAUCCUAAAAUAUCUAUUGAUAAAAAUGAAUAUUCAAAUAAUAUGAAGUUUAUCCCAUGUAACAAAAACUAUAGAAAUAAUUUAGGUGAACGAACAAUUUCCAUUGAUAUGCACAAUAAAUAUAAAGGAGAAAAUGAAAAUAAUGUGAUCUCAAAUACUAAUAAAAAUUCAGAAUAUAUUGGAAGCACGAUAAUAAAUAGUUCAAAUAAUUCAUUUUAUAAUAUAACAGAUAAAGAUGUAUCGAUAAAUAAAAUGAGUAAUAUCUAUAAGUUUAAAGAAAAAAUUCAUAAUGAUUUUGAAGAAAAUAUAUAUGAGAAAGAUAAAAAGAAAAAUAAAACUGAAAAUAAAAUGAAAAAUGAAAUAUGUAAUUAUUCUAAAAAAAGUGAAGAAAUAAAAGAGAAAUGGAAUAAUAUAAUUCUAAAAUGCAAAAGUGUGAAUAUACUAAAUAGUUUCAAUAAAAUAGAUUUAAUAAAAGAUAACAUACAGAUUGUUGAUAUUUUUAAAAUAUCUUUGUUUAAUAAUAAUAAUUAUUACCUUUAUAAAAAUAUUUUAUAUAAUAAUUAUAAAAAUAUAUCAAUCCAUAAUAGAAAAUUUCUAUUUUUAGAAAAUAUGUUUAAAUUUAAUAAAACAAUAGAUAAAAAUAGAUUAACUACAGAUGAUUCACCAAUUAGUUUUGACAAUUUUUUGUUUUUUUUUAAUAAUUUUUAUCAAAUUACUGAGAAUUAUAAAAAUAAAAUAUGUUUUUUUCUCUUGUAUAAAAUUAUAAUUAUGAAUGAGGAUGAUGAGGAAUAUGGGAGUUUUUAUAAUUUAAUUUUAAAAAUAUUAAAUAAAAAUACGCUAAUUCUUUUUUUGUUUUUUUUAAUUAAUCUAAUGAAGAAUUAUUCCUUAAAAAUGACGUAUUUUGUAAAUUUAAUAGAGAGAUUAUUACCAAUUAUAACAAAAAAUGAAAAAACAACAAAAAAAAAUAAAAAUAAGACUUUUUUCAAUAUUCUAUAUUUUAAAUUAUUUCGCGUAAUUUUUGACAAAAUUGAAUGUUUUCAUAAUCACAAAAAGCAUUUGCUGUUAUUAUUUUUAAGAUAUAUAAAAAAUUUUUUAUUAAAUAUAUGUUCCUCAAUUUUAAUUACACAGUACAUAUUUAUUAAAUGCAUUGAUUUAAUGAAUAAAUAUAAUAAUCAAAAGUAUAUUUUAAUUAAAACUUUAUCAAUGGAAAUAUUUUUGCAGUUAUGGAAUAAUGACUCCUUAAAAUUAUAUAUCUUAAAAAUAGGUAAACCAAUAAUUCGUUUUUUAAUUUUUGUAAGUAACAUUGAAUACAUAAAUAAGAAUAUUUUGUCAUUUAUUUUAUCACCAAUUGAAAAUUCUAAUCAACUAGAGAUUAAAAAAAAAUUAUCCAUUUAUUUUUACAACAAUAAAUAUUAUAUACUGGAAAGAAAAAAAUUAAAACAUUAUUUAAAGAGAUUUAAAGAAAACAAUAAAUAUUCUUUAUAUUUAUCAGUUAAUGAUUCUAAUACUAAUAUGGGAGAAGUACACCUAGAAAGUAUAGGUUCUUAUAAGGAAAACGGAAAUAGUAAUAUUAACAUAGAUAUAAAUAGGACAAAACUCAAUAAUAAUACAUUAUUAGAUUAUAUUUUUGAAACAAAAAAAGGUUAUAACUAUUUCAAAAUAUUAUUAACGCACGAAGAAAAAAACUGUCUAAAUUUUUUAAUUAAAAUGAAUAACCAAAAUAAUAACUUUCAUUUCAACUUAUUUUAUAAUUUGUUUAUACAAAAUAACCUUGUAAACUUGAUCCAUGAAAAUAAAUUGAUAUAUUACAUUGAAUAUAUAAAAAAUAAUAUUAUAAAAAAAAAGAGAGUAAAUAAUUUUUUUAAAAAAAAUAUAAAAGUACGCGGUUUAAAAAACUUAAAAAAUGAUCUCAUAUACGGAAGCAAUAAAAAAAAUAAUAAAAGAAAAAAUGAAUUUUUAACAAAUGAUGAAUUUUCAAAGAAAAUGAAAAGUAAUGAAACUAAAAAUACAAGUUAUGAAAAUGAUAUUAUUAAUUGUGAUAAAAAUUUAGAUAAUUUUGAUGAAAAUAAUAUUAAUAAUAAUGAUUGCACCUAUUUAAAAGAAAAGAUUAUGUAUGAUAUGCAUGAAAUAAUUAAAAUAAGUAAUUGUGUUUUAUCUAAAAUAUAUUGCUCUCAUAUAAAAUUAAGUUUUUUUUUUAAUAUUUUUUUUUAUAAAACUUAUGAUAUUCAUAAAAUUUUAUCAAGCUCACUAUCAGUUUAUAGCAGAAAAUUUAAGAAUUUUAAAAAAGAAAAUCAAAAAAUUAUAAGAUUUAUGAAUUUAAAUAAUAUGACUCAUUUUUUAAUCAUUAAAUUUUUACUAAAAUCAUUAAAAGAAAUAAAAAGUGUAAAUUAUAAUCUGUUUUUUCUAAAGGAAGAAAAAAAAAAAAAAAAAAGAGAAACUUCUUUGGACUUUUAUUCAUGUUAUAAAUUCUUAGAAUAUGCUUUGAAAAAAGAUAUAAAUAUGGUAAAUAUAUUUUUAAAUUAUUUAAAUAAAAUAAUUUUGCAUCUUUAUGAAAAAAAAAGAGAAAAUAUUGUCUUAAGCGUUAUAAUAACAUUCACUAUUUAUAAUUUUUUAACAUUUAUUGAUAAAAAAAGUAAUGUUAUUGAAGACUUAGAAUUAUUAAAUUUAAGUGACAUAAGUGAUGAUAUCCAUAAAUACUGUUUAAUAGGAUUAUUAUUAAAAGAAAAUAACUUUUAUAUUGAUAAUGAAAUAAAAUAUAUUAAUACUGACGACAUAUAUAAUUACGAAUUAAAGAAUCAUUUGAAAUGCAUUCCUAGAAAUAUUAACAAAGAGAUUUUUGAAUUAGUUAAUUUUAAAAAAUUUAUAUUUCAAAAAGGAAAUUAUAAAAAAAUAGAAAUUAUAAAAAUACUUAAAAAAAAUAUUGUAAAUAAUCUAUAUACAUCAGAAAUAUUGAAUUAUAUUUAUUAUAAUAGCUUAUAUUUAUUGAUACAUCUAAUUUUUAAUAUACGAUUUUAUUAUAAUAUUCUUCAUAAAACAUAUAAAAAGAAUGCGUAUUAUUUUAAUAAUGAAAGUUGCUAUAUUUUAAAAAAUAGAAACAUUUUUAAAACAACUAAGAAUAUAAAUAAUUAUAAUAACCUUGUAACAAUAAAAAAAAGGAGUUACUUUGAUAAAGAAGAUGAUGAUAAGUUCUUGAUAUUUUUGAUGUUUAAAAAGGAAAACUACGAUAAUUAUUUAAAAAAAAAAAUAUAUAUAAUUAAAUUUUAUAAUAAAAUAAAAAGAAGUAUUAUUAAAAAUUUUAAAUGUUAUCUAUUGGCUAAUAAUGUAAAUAAAUACAUUAAAAAUUUAAAUCAUGAUAAAAUAUUCUUAGAUAUAUUAUUUAAAUUUGAUAAUUCUUCCUUUUUUAUGUAUAAUUUUCAUUUAGAAUUAUAUGAUAAAGAAAAUUAUCGAAAUGAAUUUAACAAAGAAAUCUACGAAAAAGUGGAAAAUGAAUCCAAUAAUUUACAAAAAACAAAUAGCAUAAAAGAAAAAUUAAAAAAUGGAGAAGACAGUGAAAAAAAAAAACACGAAAAAACAGAAAAUGAUAUAUAUGAAGUACUUGACAAUGAUAAUUAUAAUUUAAAUUUUUUAAAUAAAAUAAAGAACUUAUACUAUUUUGUUGAAGAAGUAAACAAAGUAGUGUAUUACAUGAUUCACAAUGAAAAAAAUGUUUAUAGUAAUGUUGAAUGUUUGAUUGAAAACUCUAAAUCUAUUAAUAAAAAUAGUUUUAGUAUGAAAUUCCAUUUUUAUGAAAUUAUUGAUGAUAAUGACACAAGUAAAGAAGAUAAUGAGAAUAUGGAAUAUAAAAAAACAUUAAAUAAGAAAAAUAAUAAUGAUUACUUUAGUGAAAUAAUUAUAAAUAAUAACAAAUAUGAUAAUGUAAGUUAUAUAAAUAAAUCAAAUAAUUAUGAAUUUUUUAAUAAUCAAAAUAGUAAAGAGAAGUAUAAAGAUAUUUUGUGUUUUUUCAAAUAUAAUAAUAAAAAAGAUAGUUCUAUUAUUUAUUUUAAUGAAUUAUUAGAUUAUAUUAUAUGUGCAAUUAUGAAAACAAGUUACAAAAAAGAGAAAAUAUUAUAUUGGUCAGAAUUUUUUUAUAAUGCUAAAAAUUUCGGAUUAAUUAAUUUCCACAUUUUCUUUUAUUUAUGUUCACUAAUUAAAUGUUUUGGUAAAAAAAAUAAUAAUUAUGUAAUCAAAAGAAAAAUAAAAAUAUGUGAAAAAUUGUAUUUUUUAUAUCUUUUUAAAAUAUGUUUUCUUUUAAAUAUAAGUAUAUAUGAAGCCUUUGACUUUUUAAUUUCAAUCAUAAGUAUUUUAUUUAAUCAUCAAUUUUUUAAAUUUUAUUUGAAUAAAAAAAUUUACAGUAUUGAAAAAGAAAAGCAAAAUAUUAUUCAAACAUUCUUAAGUUCUGUUGAGCAAGAAUUAGAAAAUUUUAUUCUUAAUUAUGAUCUAUCAUUAUUUAUGGAUAGCCUCAAAUAUAUAAGUGAUUCUAUUUUUUUAAAAAAAAGUAUAAAAUUAUUGGUAUUUAAGAGUUAUUGCUUUAUUAAUAUCCUUUUGCAUACAUUACCUUUAAAAAAUAUUUUAAUUGAUAUGAAUAAUAUAACAUAUUUAGAAUUUUCAAAAGAAAAGAAAAAUGUAGAUAAAUAUUUAGAAAAAUAUAAAUUAAAUUAUUCAGACAUCAAAGAUGACGAAGAAAAAAAAAAUUUAGAAUUAGCAGAAAUUAACCAAGAAAAUGAAAAUACUUCUGUCUUUAAUAAAUGUAAAGUUGAAGAAACAAAUCUUGAUAAUAAGUUAAAUUUAGCAAAUCAAAUUAAUGAAAAUGAAAUAAAUAAGGAAAAUAAUGAGAGAAAAAUCGAAUCAAGUAAAAUAAAUCAACAAGUACAUUUUAAUAAAAUAAAUGAGAAAGGAAUUAAUGAAAAAAAAUUCAAGAUACAAAAAGAAAUUGAAGUCAAUGAUACUUCUAUGAAAGAAAUGAGCGAUAAUGAUGAAUAUUACGAUACAUCAAAUUAUUCGGAAAAGUUUAGUGCAUCAUCUACUGAAAAUGAAAAAAUGGAUGACUAUUUAGAAAACUUUAAAAUCCAUGAAAAAAAUAAAAAAAAUUUAAUUAAUGAACAUGUAAAAAAAAAAGAAAAAAAAUUUUGGGUUUUUAAAAUUUUAAAAUUUUUUUACUAUAGAUCAUUCUUGUGUUUUACAAAAAAUAAAUCAGAUGAAGAACAUUUUUAUGAAAGGAGAAAAAAUUUUAUUUAUUUUUUCUUCCCCAAAAUUUUAAAAAAGGAAAAAGAAAAUUCAAUUAUAAUUAGUAAACUUUAUAAAUUAAUAGAAAAGUUGAUAAAAGAUUGUAAUUUUUUAAAUAUAUGUAAACAAUCUUUUUUGUUAAAGUGGUUAUGUCUUCGAAUAUUCAUUUUACACAAAUAUAAAUAUAAAACUUUUAAUCCAACUGAAAUCUUUCAAUUUAUAUAUAAAAAAUUGAAUUCAAUUGAAAAUGAAGAAUAUUUUAAAUUCAAUAUUAUGUCAGAUACUUCCUUAAUUUCUUUUGAUAAUGUAGAUAUGAAGUAUACAUUUAAUAUCUUUAUUUCUUAUAUUACUAAACAAGUUCUUGUUUAUAUUAAGAAGUAUUAUAAAUCAUUUAUAGAAGAAAACAAAAAAAAAAAUUAUCAACUGAAUGUUCUAGAAGAAGAAAAAAAAAGGGAAGCAUUAUUUAAUCAGAUAUAUGUUUAUUUCGUUUAUUUUAUGAUAUCUUUUUAUCCUUAUUUUAUGCAAUCUCUUUUUUCGUACAAUGUUUUUUUAAAAUUAUUUAAAAUGUAUUUUAACUUGUAUUUAAUUAAUAAAAUAAGCAGUACUCAUUCAAUAAAUUCACCUAUAUAUUUAAUACUUUUAAUACUUGUAAGACAUAUGCAUUUGAGUAAAUAUUUGACUUUUUCUUAUUUUGCUACUCUAAAAAAUUAUUUAAAGACAAAUGAUACAUCAAAAAUAUUUUGUUUUGACACAUUAAGUUAUGACAAUAUAGUGUUACAUUUAAGAGAAAGCGUGGAAUAUUUUAUGCAAAAUAACAAAAAAGAAGAAUUUGUUUAUGAUGAUAUAAAAAUUAGUUAUAGUACAAAUUCUAUAUUGUUAUUCUACCAUAUGUUAAUUAGUAACUUUUAUUAA